AUGCCUCCGAAAACAGCAAAGAAACCAAAGUUCGAACCUGGCGAUUUAGUUUUAGCUAAAAUGGCUGGUUGGUCAGCUUGGCCUUCGUUCGUAAUGCCACGAGAAAUGAUACCGCCUUCGGUGUUAAAAGCAAAAAAGAAAACCACCGACUACUGCGUCAUAUUCAUACCAGACGGGGAUUAUUACUGGAUGACAGAGAAGAACCUCGAAGGAUUGUCAACAGAGAAACUUCUAAAGAAGCUUGAAAAGAUUCCAAAAAAAGCGAAGCCUAAAAAGGGCCGCACACUAAAUGUCAAUGAUGCCUUACUUGCAGCUGAGAAUUUAACAUUUGAUGCUUUCAUGAGUACUUUAGAAGCUGCAGGUGAAGAGCCAAACAUCUCCAAUGAUUCUAAUGCUGAAAAUGUCGAGGAUGAAGACGAUGUCGAUGACGAUGAAGAAGAAGCUAUUAUCGACGACGAUGAUGGAGAUAUCAUCGAAGAGAAAGGCUCGAAAAAAGAUGACGAAGUGGAUGGAGAUGAAGGAAGUAGCUCCGAAGAGUCCUCGGUAACAAAAAAUAUCAAAGGAAGCAGUACGACGGCUAAGCAGGCACCGCUAAAUACUGAAAAAAUGAAUGAAGAUGAGUUGAACCCAAAGGAUGAGAACGAAGAUGGCAUAAUUUCAAGACGCAAAAGAUCUCUAGCUAUAAAUGGUCCACGAAAGGCUGUCAAGGUAGACCCUUCAAAUGGCAAAAAAGUGACACCUGCCCCCAAAGCUUCUUCUCCAAGAGUUCAAACUAAAGAAGAGAGACAGCACCAGCUAUGGUUAUGUCGUAUAAAGCUACAAAGAACACUCAUACAAAGAAAUCAACCUGUAACACCUUCGGACCCAAAGAAAUUCCCUCCUCCUACUGCGGACGAGUUACUGGUAGCGAGACUAAUACUUCACAGAUUAGUGGACUUUCCAGUGGACAUAGAGCUUUUAAAAAAGACCAAAAUUCAUAAGGUUUUAAGGUGCAUUUUAAGAGAUGAGAAUUUAGCAUACCGAGAUAGCUUUCAGCUCCAUGAAAAAUGUGAAGAAUUGUUAAAUAAGUGGGAGCAUUUGAUUGAAGCUAUCAGAUUAGACCGCAAGGCGCAUACUAAUGGCAGCCUGAAACCUGGAGUCUCUCAUGAGAACUCUCGUACAAGCAGCCAAGCACCAGAUGACUCAGAAGUAUCUGCAGUCGAAAGUAAUUCGAAUUCUGUUACUAAAGGAGAAUCUUAG